GUGCGGCCAGGUCCCGAGCUCCAAGUCCGUCCUGCCAACGACCAUCGCUGCCAGGCGGGCGGGGAAGGAACUCCUGUGUCCCCGGUGGCUUGACGGCGGGAAGCUGGAGGGGUUCCGCCCAACGAAGUGGUAUCAUUGAGCAGCCGCCGCUACCAACACCGCCGACGGUCAAGUCGAAACCCCUCUCUCCACAAAGAGACCCCGAAUCUCCAAGCGGCGGCAAGGACAACAACAUAAGGCCGCCGAAACCACCGGCCCACACCGCCGGGAGUGAGUUUGCACCUCCGCCCGCGCCCCGUGAAAAGGCUCCGGUGCCUCCGGCGGCGCCACCUCCCGUCAGAGGCUUGGCGAUGCCAGUCGGGACGGGCGUUGCUUCCAAGGGAGAGGGUGGAGCAACCGCGUUAACGCCAUCGAUGAAGCCUGUCGUGACGAGGGUUCCCCCUCCUCCGACUACGCCCAAAGAUGGAUCGCCCGCUGGACGCCGGUCGCCGAGGGGAUCUGUGCCUCCACCACCUGUUCCCCCCCCAGCGGAAAGCUUGCCUGCGGCGGUGGAGGACUCGGACGUCUACAGCGGAGAUGAGCAUGGUGACGGUGGUAACACAAGCGGUGAUGACGAGGACGGAAUCGAUCUUGAGGCCGGAGUGGCGACGGGGUGAAACGAAUUUUCGCACACCGGCAAGUGUCGUGUGAGGGACAAAGAACAUGUUGUUGGUUUGUUCGUCGACACAUGACGUGAACAGCCGGCCUAUGCUGCGGAGGACGUGGGCAGAUGGAGAGACUUUCGAUCGAAACAGGAGAGGUGGAGAGAGCGAAAUAGGUAAAGGAGAGCGAGCGAGAGGGAGCGAGUGAGUGAAUGAGUUUGUAGAUAGAGAGGGAGAGAGAGACAGGGAGGGAAAGGUGAGAGAACUGUGAAUGAGAGCGAGAGCGAGAACACGUAAGG